GUCGUCCAUUGCCGCUGUAUCUCAGGCCACGAGUGCGAACACGACGUCAACAGCGAGAAAAAGAAAAAAUCGAGCAUCGAGCCACAGGCGGAGAGCAGUUAGAUACCAUGACUCGCCUAAAACUCAUGCAGCCUUGGUUGUGGAACCCAGGCGGCCACAUGUGUUGGAUGGACGACGCGCCUAACGACGUCUCUGCGGGUCUUCAGAUCCGAGAUUACGUACAGCUGAAAGCUUCCCAGAUCCGACAUUUAGGAGCAUUAGACAAUAGGACUGGAGGAGCAGCGGGAGGCGACGGGAAGCCUUUUUUUUCGAAAGUGUUGGUUUGUGCACCUUCGAAUGCCGCUAUUGACGAGAUCGUGAGGCGUUUGACCACUGAAGGCAUAUUCGGAAAGACCGGAAAGCAGUACAAACCUGUUGUAGUACGAUUAGGUCCGGGAAUUCACGAGUCUCUGAAACGAUACUCUCUGGAGUUUUUAGCUUCGGAGAGAGCUAGAGCGAAGGGGCUGUUGACCGGACUGAAUAAAGCAGAACUAGAUCCAAUAAAACGGGAGUUGCUGCAAGAAGCAAAUGUGGUGUGUACAACAUGUUCGGUGGCGGGGUCCAGAGACGUUUUGAACUUUGGACACGCUUUUGAAUCUGUGAUUAUCGAUGAGGCAGCGCAAGGCGUCGAAGUGGCGACACUAGUGCCGCUGGUGACUGGAUGCAAGAGGCUGGUGCUUGUCGGUGAUCCGAAACAGCUGCCGGCGACUGUCUUUAGUGGUACUUGCUUUAUUCGGAUUGAUAUCAAGGAUGAUCAUAUCCUAUCGUUGGUAAUGAUUUAAGGUGAUAUUAAGAGACAUUCUACUAUGCUAGAAGAUUUUAGAACGACAACGAACUCGUCCCUUCAUUCCAGUCCUAUCACUUGUAAGUGCCUUUCCGUCUUCAUUUCCAUCAUUCGCACUACUGCUCGAUCACAGGCAUCGCCAAGCGCAAGGGCUAUGACCGCAGUUUGUUUCAGCGUUUGGCUGAGGAUGGCUACCCCGUCGCUCGUCUCCUCGUCCAAUACCGUAUGCACCCGUUUAUCUCUGCCUUUCCCUCGCAGAAGUUCUACGAAGGUCAACUCGGCGACUUUCGCGAUCGCUAUGCUUUUGAAGCUCAAUACGCCUCAGAUUGGUGGGAACUGCCGAUGUUUGGACCUAUUAGUUUCUUCAACGUCUCCAAGGGCCAAGAAGCGGUCUGUGACAUGUCGAUAGUGAACGAACGGGAAGCAAAUUUCGUAAUUCUGCUCUACAAAACCUUGGUCCAGCUGUACCCGCAUCACGACUGGCGCAAAUGGUGUGGUGUCAUUUCACCGUACGAGAAGCAAGUCUCCCUGUUGAAGAAGAAGUUUCGCGAACUGUAUCGCAUGUCGCCAUCGGAACCUUGUCCAGUGGAAGUGAAAACCGUAGAUGGUUUCCAGGGAAGCGAGAAGGAGUUGAUCAUCUUUUCCUUAGUGCGUGCCCGUGGCGCAGAGGACAGGAAGUCUAAGGGCAUCGGUUUCUUGAAGGACAUGCGUCGUAUGAAUGUCGGCAUGACGCGAGCGCGACGGAGUCUUUUCAUGGUAGGACACGCGGAAACGCUCAAGGAAGGCGACAAAACUUGGAAGGACCUGGUGCAAUUCUGCAGUAAGAAGUUCAAAACCGGGUUUCAUACUGUUAACGGGGACGAUGAGCGUCGGUGGAUGGCGACUGCGAUCCGAAAAUUCCUCAGGUCGAGAAAAAACCGCGUUCCAACGGAAGAAAUAAGGAAAACCUUACGCGAAGAUCUAGCCUCACCGACUGAGCGCCAGAGGCGCCUAGAACUUGCACGAACGACAGAUACCACAUCCGCUUCUGCACUACAGGUGCUGUCACGGAAACGGCAAGCAUCGGACGAAGAUGACGAGGAAAACGCAGAUGGUGAAGGUGGUGAAGGCGAAGAGGAAGACGCGCCGAUUGCAGGUCCUGGACAGGAUGAUGGUGAAAAUGAGCCACAAGAUGAUAAUGCUCAAAAAAUCACAAACCAAAAGAACUGGUUCAAGAUGCAAGUCGAAACUAUCCCCUGGCUGAGCGAUUGGCAAACCGCAGCUUCCGAUUCCACAUGUGACGUCGUCAGAGAAUGUGAGAAAGAUCUUUUCACGCUCUCUCGCGACGACAUCGAAACCCUUGUCGCCAAAGAGCGAGAAGAAGAGCAACAACGACAGACGGAAGCCGAAUUUGCGCGUGAGCUAGACCAGAUCAUCCGUGAGAAACAGAAAGCGGCUGAUGCAGAGAAGGCAGAGAAGGAGAGGCAAACAGCUAAGGAGUUGGCCGAACAGCAGAAUCUGUUUGAUGAAGCUGGCGGAGAUGAGGAUGUGGAGGUGGAUGACGGAGGAGCAGAUGAUCAAGAGAUGGGAGGGGGAGACGACGAUGAUGGUGGAGCUGAAUGAUUUUGACUUGUUCGCUUCGUCAUCCUUAAGACCUUGAUUUUGAACUACCUCCUUGUCUGACUGCAUUUGAUGCAUUUUUACCCAUUCGAUAUAAAACGACUUGAUAGAUUGAUGCUUUUUCCCACAACAAUUUAUGAGUGCGCUGACUGUGAUACAGUUUUCCUUCGCAGAAU